GCGGACUCUGAACGCGGGGCUGUCCUCUCUGCGGGCCAGAAGGGGUAGACCGGUGGUCUGACUGGGCUCUGAGCUGUGUUGGACCUAGGGAAUCGCUUGAUCUCUCUGAACCCAGAAUUUUCAAAGGCCCAAGGGUGCCUAGUCAUCCGGUGGGAGGAGGGGUCCCCUUGGCCUUCACCCCUUUGGGCCUGAAACCCAGCUUUGGGAGGUUUUUCAGGCACCUGCAGUGAGAACACUGUGCCAUAGGGGCCCAUCCUUGUGCUCAUGGGUGUAUAAGCAUGUGCAAGUGGUCACGGGUGACUGGCAAAAUUAGAGGGCUAAACAGCUAGGCCACAUGCAGAAAUUCACAGGCUUGUUAAGGGGCUCAUCUUUCCUGGAGUCCUGGGUGUUUAAUCUAUUUCCUUGACUUUCUGUUUCUGCUUGUCCGUAAAUGAGCCUGCAGCCUUUUUAUUAUCAGGAAAAACAAAGAUUCGUUUUUGGAGUAACUGAAGCAUUGUAACGAAUUUGCAAGUUGGCAGUGAUCUCAGAACAUUUAGUCCAACUGAGGGUAGAAGUAGUAAAAACAGACAUCAGGAGAUUGCAUUAUGUGCUAGGGUCUCCCUGCACUUCUGAGCUCUGCUUGGGCAUGAUAAGGGAGGGGAGAGUGCUCAGUGUUUGUGGUGCUUCAAGGCCGCCGGGGGCUUGACUUUGACCGGGAUAUUAAAAAAAGUCUUGAAGUGUGUGUAUCUUUUGCUGCACUGUGGAUCCUGGUAGGGAGUGGCCAUGACUUUGACCAGAUAUUAUGGUGGGUCAUGACUGUGACUGUGAUGUAGGUAGGUUCUGGUGGGGAGCCAAGGCUGUGAUCACACUGUCAACCUGGGGCCAUGGCUUUCCAGUUAGUGCUCUGAGUCCUGGGGAUAGGCUAUGGUCAUGCCCUAGCCAGCCCUCCUUCCAGACUUUUCUGAAAGUGUGGAGGCCAAGGUUCCUUCCUCUUGUGCUUCUAGCCAGUCUGUUGUUAGGGCUGUGUGGUCCUAGCUAGGGGUGACUGCUGUUAUUUCAUAAAGGGGAAGGAGUGAGAACAUACACUUUGGAGGCAGCAACACUCAGGUCUCAUCAUGUGACCUUGGGCAAGGAGCUGACGAGCUCAGGUUCCUCCUCUGUGGAACAGAGACCGUUGUCAUGCCUGCUCCAUGAGGCUCCGUGAGCCUCUUAAGGAGUGAGUGAUCAAGCUUUCUGCUCUUGAUUGAUAUGGAAGGCACCUUGUAAGGUUUGGUUCAUGUGGCUGAUUGACCGGUUCUGAAGGCCAGCUCUGACCGUAUAGGAAUGCAGAACUGCAGUUUGCAUGACCAACUGCCCCACGCUCAUUGUCAUGGUGGGCCUGCCUGCCAGGGGCAAGACCUACAUCUCUAAAAAGCUGACUCGCUACCUGAAUUGGAUUGGUGUGCCCACGAAGGAAUUCAACGUUGGCCAGUAUCGCCGGGACAUGGUCAAGACCUACACAUCUUUUGAGUUUUUCCUUCCAGACAAUGAAGAAGGACUGAAAAUCAGGAAGCAGUGUGCCCUGGCAGCCCUGCACGAUGUCCGGCGCUUCCUCAGCGAGGAGGGGGGGCAUGUGGCGGUUUUUGAUGCAACAAAUACUACCCGAGAACGGAGAGCAACCAUCUUUAAUUUUGGGGAACAGAACGGCUACAAGACCUUUUUUGUUGAGUCCAUCUGUGUGGAUCCUGAGGUCAUAGCUGCCAACAUCGUGCAAGUGAAACUGGGCAGCCCCGACUAUGUCAACCGGGAUAGCGAUGAGGCCACGGAGGAUUUCAUGAGGCGCAUCGAGUGCUAUGAGAACUCCUAUGAGUCGCUGGAUGAGGACCUGGACAGGGAUCUGUCCUACAUCAAGAUCAUGGACGUGGGGCAGAGCUACGUGGUAAACCGUGUGGCUGAUCACAUCCAGAGCCGCAUCGUGUAUUACCUCAUGAACAUCCAUGUGACCCCCCGCUCCAUCUACCUCUGCCGUCACGGGGAGAGCGAGCUCAACCUCAAGGGUCGGAUUGGUGGGGACCCAGGACUAUCCCCCCGGGGUAGGGAGUUUGCCAAGAGUCUGGCCCAGUUUAUCAGUGAUCAGAACAUCAAGGACCUGAAGGUCUGGACAAGUCAGAUGAAGAGGACGAUCCAGACAGCCGAGGCCCUGGGUGUGCCUUAUGAGCAGUGGAAGGUUCUCAAUGAGAUCGACGCGGGUGUCUGUGAGGAAAUGACAUAUGAAGAAAUUCAGGACCAUUAUCCAUUGGAGUUUGCCCUGAGGGACCAGGACAAGUACCGGUACCGGUACCCCAAAGGAGAGUCCUAUGAAGACCUGGUCCAGCGACUCGAACCUGUCAUCAUGGAGCUGGAGAGACAAGAGAACGUACUGGUCAUCUGCCACCAGGCUGUGAUGCGCUGCCUCCUGGCCUACUUCCUUGACAAGGCAGCAGAACAGCUGCCUUACCUCAAGUGUCCGCUGCACACAGUCAUGAAGCUAACCCCUGUGGCCUACGGUUGUAAAGUGGAGUCCAUAUUCCUGAAUGUGGUGGCUGUGAACACACACCGGGACAGGCCUCAGAAUGUAGACAUCUCGAGGCCUCCGGAGGAAGCCCUUGUCACGGUCCCUGCUCACCAGUGACUGUGUCUCCUCCACUCCACCCCGAGGCAGGCGUUGAUCUCCAUGGACAGGGUCAGCCCAGAACCCUCAAUCCGUGGGACAGCCACCACGAAGGAACACCCUCAGAGCUCCGCGGCGUGGCCGGUGGUGCCCAGGACCCCCGCCAGAGCCCGCCCGCUUCCCUGACCAUGACGGGGCUGUAUGAAGGACACGACAACGUGCUGCUAGUUAAUAAUCAGCUGCAUUGUGUUGGCCCUGGGCUGCUGGGAGGUGUCCCAGCUCAACUUUAGGGCGCUCUGUCUCAGCAGUUGGUUGGCUUUGUGAAGUGAGAAACCCUAAAAUGUGAAAUGGAAAGUGUGGCUGAGCGGCCCAAGGUGGACCCGGGGGCCUCUGCUGUCCUCUGCAGCCACUUCCUGAGCCAGAGGCCAUGUGUUCACAGGACCCUGAGCUGCUGCUGCUUCAGGGGAGAGGGAGAGCCCUUUCCAUCCUGCCCUGCCCGGAACCGAAGCGCUUCCACCAAGGCGGUGCCUCCACGGGUCAGCACGGCGUCCACACCACUGGCAUUCGUGGACGCUCGGGAAAGCAGCUCGCAGGCUUCCCGCUGUGCUGCGGAGGACCGCACUGGGAUGAGCGUUCUCGGUCACCCUUCCCAGCCUUGUGCACACCAUGACUCCGUGGCUGUCCAUUCUGGCUGCCCUCACAGUGAAGCCGAAGGAAGUGACCGCAGGGCGGUUGCAUGAGUUCCCUUCCCUGGAGCCACUCUCCCGAGCGCUCAACAGAGGCUGCUGUCCCGUGGCCCUGACCCUGCUGUGCCAGCCUGCUACCUCUCCCGUCGCUGCCUGUGUCCACACAGAAUGUGCACCGGCGGCAGGGACGUGUGUUUGCUGUGAAAGAUGUGGAAAAGCUGGUUGUGGUCCUACAAAGCCUGGUGCUUGUUGGCCUCACCUGUGGGACUGGCAGGUGAAAGGUGGAACCUGAGGCAGCUCUCAUGUGUUGGGAGUGGGGUUGCUGGUGGGGGUGGGGGGUGGCUAUUCCCAGUCACAUCACAGCUUUGAUUCACAUGCACCGGAGCCUGCUGAAAACAGCCUCAGGGAGUACACUGUCUGUCAUGCCACUGUCAGGCCACUGUCUGUCAUGAGUUCUUCUGAGCCCAGAGAGGCAGGCUGGGCAGUGGGUUCCAGCUCCCUUUUCUAGCUGGGCAUACUGGCCAGCAGAUUGUGGGGCUGUGUGAGAAAGGGCCUGGAUUUGUCGUCGGACACCCUGCUAUCCACACAUACUCCUUGGUGAAACUGGCCUCAGGUUCCCAAACCUGUUUUGUGCUCAGAACCUUUCCCAGGCUGUGCCUGUUGAGCAUCCCACUUUUCUCAGCCCCCCAGGGCUUUGCAGCCUGUAGAUGCCACCUGCCCUUGGGAAAAGUCCAUGUCCUGGACCCUGGCUGGCAUUCUCUCAGCCGCCAGUCUUGCAGCCGUUGAGGAGCGCUGUCCAGAGCAGGAAUGGGGCAGGAUCCUCCCUGGGACUCACCUCCUGUCAGAGCCCCAGAGCCUGAGGCUCAGGGUCAGAGGACAUGUUCACUUCUUAGCCAUAGCAACUCCCUUCACCCUUCAGGUGGCACCACCUCUCCCAGGAACUCUGAGUCAAGACCACUGAGGCCUUCUCUCUCUGCAUCCAGAGGGCAGUCAGGAGCUGCUGGACCAUAGGUUACAAGCACUGGGAUAGGGGAGAGGGAAAUCUUGGGAUGACAGCAUUGGCAGGGACAGCCCCUUCAGGCUCUGCCUGCAGUUGUCCCUGCAGCAACCCACCUGGUUGGCUGCCAGGUCUGAGCUGUGAUGAUGGAAAAGCUGGCAUUGCAGGCAUUUACCUGCUCUCCCCAGAAUGGGUGGCAUUGAAUCUCAGCCACACAUCACACUGUGUCCAGCAUUCUUUGCAAUAAAUCCUUUUAAA